ACCGAAACAAGCCAACGCGGGCUCGUCGCUAUCGCCUCUCAGUCAGUAUAAAAGCUAAGGUACUCGCUGAGUAAGAUCAGUCAGCUGACAUAAACUACCCUGUGUGUACAACAUAUCAAUAUAAAAGAUUCAACAUGGCUUUACUUCCCCCUGGUGGACUUCCGGAGAUUGUCUUCUCCUUUGACACAACCGGCUCCAUGAGCGACUGUCUCGCCGAAGUCAGAGGACGGCUCCAGGACAUGAUACAGCGGCUGCAGGCUGACAUCCCCGCCAUCAGAAUCGCCGUCUUCGCACACGGUGACUACUGUACCAAAUCCACAUAUGUCACAAAGUGGAUCGACUUUUCCACUGACGUCAAAGAGCUCUGCGACUUCGUCAUGAACGUUGAAGAUACAGGAGGUGAUUACGACAGCGGCGAGUGUUACGAGCUUGUUCUCCGACAAGUUGGGGAGGAAUUGUCAUGGACACCAGGAUCUAACCGUGUUCUCGUCGUCGUCGGGGACGACAAGCCCCACGAACCAAACUUCAAAGCCAAUAAACUAAAAAUAGACUGGAGAAUGGAGACGCAAACUCUGAAUAAAAUGGGAAUAAAAAUCUACGGAGUUCAGUGCGGUACGGACAAUACGACGUUCUACGAAACCAUUUCCAACGAGACAGGAGGUCGGCAUCUUAAAUUGGACAACUUUACAAACAUCUUUGACUUCCUCAUGGCCAUCUGCUACAGGGAACAUGGAGAAGAUAUCCUUCAUGUGUACGAGAAAGAGGUUCGAGCCCGUUGCAGUAAUGGUGCCAUCAGUAAAGACAUGGAAGGAAUGUUUACAUCCCUACGUGAUGGAAUUGUCUCCCCUUCUCCACCAACGACGACAAUUACAAUCGGUGCCGCCAAAAAAGAUGUGAAGGGUCCAAAGUUAAAGAAACCUCCUGCAUCCACCCAAAGAGUCAGAAAGGCCAAACCUAAAUCGACCAGGAAGCCAAGAAAGAAAUCAGUGAAGAAACCAACAAAGUUUGUGACACCACUUCUGAGAAGAGAGGAAGUCUUUGAGAACAACUUCAGCUUACGAAACAUGGACUGGUCACCGUGGGUCAAGGUUAUCUCCUCUGACGUUCCACUCAAACAUGAUGCACAAUGGGAGAAGCGACGGAGUGCCAACCCUGGAUUCAGAAAGAAGACAAUCUUCAAGUCUGAGAACAAUAAGCCAGCUCUCUAUGAGAUCGGUGUUCAGACCACCCGAUACGGACGAAAGUUUGUAGUAUUCAGCAAGUUCUGUCGCCAUAUUCCUCAUAAUGUCAACUGGGAAACGCGGCUUCUCGGAAACAAAAUUGUCAGAGCUCAGGUGAACAAUGUUGUGUCGCAGGACUGCAGUGUCCAUGUGCGGAGGGUGGUGUACAGAAGAGCCUCAAGUCACGUUAAAACAGCCGCUUUAAUAAAGUCCUAUGACUUCGCUUGGAUGCGUCUGAGAUCACGCUCAGGUGCUCGACAUGUUAACAAACAAACUUGCACGAUUUCAUCUGACAAGAUGUAAUAGUCACUGAUCCCUCACAUUGACUAUUUCACUGUUUAAGAAGUGACAGAUAAUAUGCGAGCUUUUAGUUUGACUUCAUAUGGCUUAAUCGACAUAUGACCUCGUCUCAUGUCAUACUGCUCCUUAAUGUGAAGGAUAGAACAUUGCAUGUCUUACAGUGCGUGAGUGAUAAACAGCGCGUCCGAUUGACUGUGAGCAUGUUAAAUAUUAGUGAAAGAUUGUAUUUCUUUUAUUGUUUACAGUUAAUGGUUAAGUGAGAUUCACUAUGAAAAUAUGAAUAAACGUUUUUACUUAAA